AUGUCUGCAUGUGACGGUGUCAGUUCCCACAAUUCUGACUCAAUAACUGAAGUAAAUAGUGUUUGCCAGCCUUCCGAUGUUAGCCACACCAGCGGACAGAAGCAAUGCAUCGAAAUCGAUCAAAGUAAUAAUAGUCUUAUAACACAGGAUUGUGCCUCUCAAACACAAAACCAGAAUUGUGAUCAUUUGUCUGAAGAAAUGAGAGAUGCUCUCAAGAAAAUUGAUCGUCUGUUUGAUUUAACAAACAAUGUUUACAAUUCUAUAAGUGGAUUGAUAAAUGAAACCCCGGUUUCCUGUGGAAAUUGCAUGUUAGGAAAGAAUGCGUCUGGUUCAAAUGCCCAGUCAAUUUCUGCUAAGGAUAUCGGCGAAAAUAUGAGGAAGUGUAACGAAUUAUCUAUUGAACUCGAAGGUGUGAAGUUAGAUGCCGUAAUAACGGAGUCGAGACUCAUUGAAAUUGACGUAUUGUUCGAUAUUCAAUGCCCUAGCACUAAGUUAAUCCCACGAGUGCAUAAAAGAUUGACAUAACUGCUAUAAUGAAUGGUAAUACUCAGCGUAAACUUGUUAUGUCAGGCAUAAAGUAUUAAACCCACGAAUGCAUAUUACGCAUAUUACAAUUUACGAAGCAUUUUUAAAUUCCCAUGAGCAAACAAACGUUCACUUUACAAAGAUAUUUUAAUUUUUUAAAACAAAUUAAUCACCCUGUCAAAAUCCUUUGUGUUACGGCAUUGAAAUUCGAACAAUACGUUAUUUCAAUGAUUUUGGGUUUUUUUGAGACACCCUGUAUACCAGAACAGUAAAGCGAUUGAGCACAUUCAUAGUCAAAUGAUUAACAUGCAAAAUAUACAAAAUAUAACAACAGAUGAGCGGUCAACCAUCGCGAACAGAGAACAAUCAAAUACUCAUACAAUUAGUAAACAAAACGAAAUCAGUGAAAACCCCUGUAAUAAAUCAGUUGUUCUACUGGAUGAACAGUUUUGUUUAUCACAUGGAUAUCAAAGUGAUAAACUACAGAGUAAAGUCAGUAACAAUUCUAAUAGUAUUCGUGAUUAUCAAUGUGAGAAUUCUAAAUCAAACUGCAAUACCGUAGAAGGUAAACUACAAGGUCAACCAAUUGGACGGUGUAAAACCAAAACGACGCUACCUAUGUGUUUGAGAAAUUUGCCACUAAUUGAGUUACCAUCAUCAAAUAUGCAGAAAAAUAAACAAA